ACCUGUGCCACUGUGGUGCCCCACGCCAGUGACGCGCCACGCUUGCGCCUUUUUCUUUCCGCCCAUUUUUCCCACUCUCGCAAUUUUCCAAAAUUUCCAGCUCGACAAGUUGGACUUGUUAGAGACCAGUCAGUAGCUGCCAUUCAUCCACUCCCCUUUCCCAUCGGAGGAGGACGAGAGAUCCGUCCUGCGGUGUGCGAUGGACUCCCCCAGCUGCCGGCUGUUCGGUGCCCAGAGAUCGCCGCACGAUCUCCUCGGCGGCGGCGCCGUUGCGGAUGUGGUGCUGUGGAGGAAGAAGGAGGUGGCCACCGGGACGCUGGCGGCCGUGGUGGCCUCAUGGGCGCUCUUCUACUGCGUGCCCGGCUACACUCUGCUCUCCUUCCUGGCCCAGGUGCUCAUGAUCCUGCUCACCGUCCUCUUCGUCUGGGCCAAGGCUGCGCAGCUGCUCAACAGGGCACCUCCGCCUAUCCCAUUGAUGAAAAUUUCUGACGAGUCAAUGAGUGAAGCAGCAGAAAUGGUUGGUAGCUUCAUCAACAAGGUGCUCAAGGAUUUCGAAAACAUUGCACUUGGGAAGGAUAACAGCCUCUUCUACAAGGUGGCUUUUGUGCUGUUGCUGGCCUCCAUAGUUGGACGACUGACCGAUCUUAUCACUUUAGUAUAUACAAGUGCUAUUAUUGCUCUCACGGUCCCUGCAUUGCUGGAGAAAUCCGAAGAACACAUUGCCAGAUUCUUCAAGAAAACUUCGAUAUAUGUUCAGGCAUUUGGCAGAGCAUGCAAAGAGUAUAAAUGUAAGAUGACGAAUAUGAUAUCGGAAACGAAGAAACUGCGUUGAUGUCAAUGUGUAUUCACUAGCAAAUUUUGACUUGUGAGAUUGCUUCUUCGGAAGCGAAAUAGUUGUGACUUUUGGCAUCAAUCACAAUCGUGAUCUUACAUCAAUCACAAUCGUCUAGCCUUCGAGCUGCAUA